UAACAAAUAAAAAAAAGGUAGCUGAUAACGUUGUCAAGAAUCCUUUGACUAAAUUCUCUUCCUUCUUUAAACCUCAACUCUCUCCCCUUCGCUUCUCCCACCUUUUUCUAUUUUCCCUCUUCCUAUUUCACAAAAUUUUCAUUUUCCACUCACUUUCUCGUCGUCCAAACGAGGAUAAGAAAGAAACAAAAUGGCAAGAGACGAUUUAUACAUUGCGGUUCCAAGUUCUUUUCGGUGUCCGAUAUCGUUGGAUGUGAUGAAAUCCCCAGUGAGCUUGUGCACGGGGGUGACAUACGACCGAGCCAGCAUCCAACGCUGGCUAGACAGCGGCAACAACACCUGUCCCGCCACAAUGCAAGUCCUCGAAAGCAAAGACCUUGUUCCCAACCGGAAUUUACAACGACUCAUCCAGAUCUGGCUCGACUCAGUCGCUCGCCGUCAACUCGACGCCGACUCGGUCCGCAAUUCAGCUGCUGUUCCUUCUCAAAAUCAGGUCAAACUCUUGGUCAAACACCUUGACAUCAAUUGCUUCUCAUCGUUGACGAAGAUCAUUUGUUUCGCGCGAGAGUCAGAGGAAAACCGGGAAUUCCUCGCCAAGAUGGACGGGUUUUUCAGCAAGGUGCUGGAUUUUAUGAGGAAUGCGGAAUCGGGCAUUAAAAUAGUGGAACAGGUUGUUAAGAUUUUGGAUUUGAUGUUAACCAAAAUUUCCGAUAAGAAGCCAUUGUUGGAGACGAAUUGCUUGUCGACGAUUCUUCUGGUUUUACAAAGAGGGAAUUCAGAUUCACAAAUCGAAGCGGUUCGAUUACUGGAGUCUAUAGCGGUGGAUGGAGAGUCGAAGCUCAAAAUAGGUCAAAAGGAGGGAUUAGUAGCGGAAUUGGUAAAAUCAUUAAGAAAAGAAAACCCAAGAUUAAUUGAAGCCAGCUUAUCAUUUUUUAUCGCAAUCACAAUGCCAAAACGUAUAAAAACCGUAGUAAUCCAAUAUCGAAUAAUCCCAGAAUUAAAGUACCUUUUGUCCCAACCAAACACUACUACUUCGAUAACAGAGAAGGCAUUGGAACUGCUGGAAGAGUUGUCCACUUGCAAAGAAGGGAGAGUGGAGAUAUGGCAUGAUUCGGUAUUGUUGGGAAGGAUUGGUGAGACAGUGUUGAAAGUAUCGAGCAAUGCGACGGAGCACGCGGUGGCGAUACUUUGGAGCGGUUGUUAUUUGUUUAGAGACCGGAAAGCGCAAGAAGCGGUGGCUAGUAGCAAUGGGAUGACCAAGUUGUUGUUGCUGAUGCAGAGCAAUUGUUCGCCGGCGGUUAGGCAAAUGUCGGGGGACUUAGUCAAGGUUUUGGGGGUUAAUUAUAAACUUUGUUUAUCGAAUUAUGAUACCAAGACUACCCAUAUUAUGCCCUGUUGAAGAACCCUGUGUUUUGAUUUGAUUUGAUAGGACAAAGAUCAUUUAAUGCCAGUCAUAAAGAGCAGUUCAAGUUGUGGUACUCUGGGAUGGUCAAUCACUGUAAUGAGUCAGUAGUAUUAGAUUUAAGAUCUGACUUCCAAAAUAACUCAUAAUUGAAUCACUAAUUUUAUUUUGAAACCAUACAUUCAUCAA